AGUGAGAAGUCGUCUGUCUAGUCUCUGUUUCGGCCCCAUCCACCGUGUGAUCUGUCGCUGGAAGAUGAAUUUCACAGUUUUUUGUCCUUUUCACUCGAAGCAAGCAGCCACCGCGGUUCAGAAGACAGAUGGCAGUGAUGGAGCAGUCCCGGCAUGGGAAACCCGCCUUUCCCGUUGACUUUCGAGCUGAGUUACCUUGGCCUUCCCGGCUCUCAGCGCUUCCCAACGCCAUGCAAAGAAGUCCGGUUCCAGUUGAUGCAACGCUCGGCACUCAUACUAGUAACGUCGAAGAGCAUAUUCGUUUCUUUCUCCGAUAAAGAUGAUGGAAAUGCUGCGAACCGUGACUCCGAAUUCUUCGGCACAAGCCGAAAGGGAUUGGCUCCGUCAAUGCCCCACUUUAGCCCGAUGCAACCAGAUAUGUGGGGCAGCCCGGUGCUUCCAACCGGAGCCCAGCGGUUCCGGUCAAGCCGGCACAUCGGAUGCAGGUCAUUUCAUGUCGUACAGCCUCCCAUCCAUGGUCAUCUAUCACUUCGAGCGCCGUUGAGAUGCAUCUUGCGGUUCCUACAGAACCAAACUAUCUACCAACCUCGAACUUUUCUAUUGCAAACAGGCAGUACUUUCUCAAAAGUUGAACUGUGAAAUGUCACACCAAGAUGUGCCAUUGCAUCUGAUCGUCAAACACGGCGUUCUUUGAUACACAAGUGUCGCUGUGCACAACCGGUGAUCUGGCUCCAUGCCAGUGGCCACGCCAGACAUGCAAGCAAAGGAGCGCCAUUCUCAUCCCACUUCAAUUUGGCCAUGUGCCAGUGCUCAGCAUCAGUGACCCCUGACAGUGCCACUGGUUCACCGGACACCACAAUCAGGGAUCAGAUCU